AGCGUGUCAGAGACACCCUAUGAUAACCGUCAGUGGAGGUUUUGCAACUCAGUGUGUGAAGCCUCCUGGGCUGAGAGCUGAGCAGUGCCUGCCUCUUUGGGAUGGCCCUGGUGGCAGUUGCCGGUCUGCUAGCUGAACGCAGCACGGGACAAGGGCUGAGGAGUCUGUGCCAGAGAUGAACCUAGCCACACAAUGAAGCCAGAGGCGCGCUCGGAGGUCCAGGACGCCGCUCGCACAUUCGGGGUGCCUUCUGCCCCUCGGCCCGAGACCUUGUACCAGCCUUUGGGACUGCCUCCCGGAGGAGCCCGACAAGCCCAGGCGGUGGCUGCCUGAGCCGCCCGUGAGCGUCCCAGCCGACCCGGGAGAGACGGCCCCACUCUAGGCUCCGGGCCGGCAGGGAAGCUUCCAGUAGGACAGCAGCCAGAGGCAAGCACUGAGGGGCCAAGGAGAUGGAAGAACAGGUGUUCAAGGGGGACCCAGACACUCCUCAUUCCAUCUCCUUCUCCGGCAGUGGGUUUCUCUCCUUCUACCAGGCCGGGGCCGUGGAUGCCCUUCGAGACUUGGCCCCCCGGAUGCUGGAAACGACCCAUCGCUUUGCCGGGACGUCGGCGGGGGCAGUGAUUGCGGCCCUGGUCAUCUGCGGGAUUGAAAUGGAUGAGUACCUCAGGGUCCUCAAUGUAGGUGUGGCCGAGGUGAAGAAAUCCUUCCUGGGACCUUUGUCCCCAUCUUGCAAGAUGGUGCAGAUGAUGAGGCAGUUUCUGUACAAGGUCCUGCCUGAGGACUCCUACAAGGCCGCCACGGGGAAGCUCCACGUGUCCCUCACUCGGUUCACAGAUGGAGAGAGUGUCGUGGUUUCAGAGUACACAUCCAAGGAAGAGCUCAUCGAGGCACUCUACUGCAGCUGCUUUGUCCCCGUGUACUGUGGCCUCAUUCCUCCAACUUACCGGGGCGUGCGCUACAUCGAUGGGGGCUUCACAGGCAUGCAGCCCUGCUCCUUCUGGACCGACUCUAUCACCAUCUCUACCUUCAGCGGGCAGCAGGACAUCUGCCCCCGGGACUGCCCCGCCAUCUUCCACGACUUCCGCAUGUUCAACUGCUCCUUCCAGUUCUCCCUGGAGAACAUCGCCAGGAUGACCCAUGCCUUGUUCCCGCCAGACCUGCUGAUCCUGCACAACUACUACUACCGAGGGUACGAAGAUGCCGUUUCCUACUUGAGGAGGUUGAAUGAUGCUUAUCUCAAUUCUCCCUCCAAGAGAGUGAUGUUCCCCCGCGUAGAAGUGUACUGCAAUAUAGAACUUGCCCUUGGCAAUGAGUGCCCUGAAGGCAGCCAAUCAAGCCUCCAGACAGAGGAGGAAUCCAUACAACUUCACACACAGUGGGCUCCCAAAGAGGAAGGAAAGGACAGCCAUGGUCCACUUGUGUUCUCGCCUGUGGAGAGACCUGAAUCCACACAUGAGCGUCCUGUAGAAUCACCUGUUUCACCAGCUGGCUCUUCAUUUGAGCAGUCACCUGCCACUGCGCUGGCCUCAUCACCAUCACAUUCUCCAGAUGACCUGAUGCCUGCAUCACUCCCAGCUGUGCACUUAGCACUCAGCUCAACACCUGUCCAAUCACAGCAGCAGGUACAAACGACUGGAUCACCACCAAGAUCCCCACCCUCCGAGUCAUCUGUGUCACCCAGGCCACCGGCUGUAGUGACAUCUCAAACAUUGCCCCAAUGUUCUCCUUCAGCGUCACCUACACAGCUACCCGUGGAAGACCUGGGCCCAGAACAGCCCCAAGCUCCUCUUGCCUCUUCAAGUCGGAAAGGUGCCAUGCCUGUGGUUAACGUGAAGGAAGCCACCAACAAGCCCUAUGCAAUGGACAACCCUGCCGAAGACUCAAGUUGGAUGAGCAAAAUAUUCAAGAAGAACAAACAAAAAACAAAUGGCACCAGAAAAGGCUUCCCAAGACAUCCACGGUCCAAAAAACCAGGCAGCAAAGCGCAGUCUGCUCCCUGCCCACUCGACUUCUCUCUGCUCUCCACGUCCGAGACAGUUCGGGUCACCUACAGGCCUCAUCCCAGAUGAUCCAGGAAUACAGCUGCCCUGAGGAAACUGUGAGCCGAGAGAGAAAACUUGAGCUGGAAUGGGAGAGAACCUGAUGACCCCACGGUAGAGCCUUCUCCCCAAGGCUCUCAGAUGCAGUCCCCUCACCCUAUGCCUUCUGGGGACCAGGUGUUACCCACUACCAAGCCUGUUGGUGUGGAGAGUCCUGAUUCCCCUGGGCGAGCACUUCCUUGUCUAAACAUCCUCCCGGCCCCGGCCUGACUUCGCUUCUUUGAGACGGGGCCGUGUCAGACCCCAGCCCCCCAGAAUCUAGUCUACAGGGCCAAACCCUUGCGGAUCGAGCGGUACUGAGCCACGGACGCACUUUCCUCUUUCCCAUCAAGAGAUCAGGCUCUUUUGCUUUGCUUUGUUUUGUUUUUAAUUCUCUCACUGUCCCAAAGGCUUGACUUAGAACCACUGGACUCUGCCUCAGCUGCUCCCUGGAAUCACUCGUGGAGCUGAUCCAGCACGAGGUCAUGAUAAGCUCCCCAGGGCUUGUGUGGUGUGGCUGUGUGAGCCAGCCAUCCUGGACUUCUCUGAGUCCUGGUGUGGUUGUGGAGGACAUAGAGGCCAAACGUCCCUUCCCCUCCCAUCCCCCAGCAUGAGGGCAACACGAGGGCAGACCCGGUCUGCUGUUCACACCUCAGUUAAAAUGUUCCACAACAAAGACUUCAGCCUCAUUUUUUCCAGCCCAGCCAGAAAAAAAUUAGCCCCACUGCUCACUGGAGUGUGGAUAGCUUCCAGCCCCAGCCAGGCCCAGUAAGGAAACCUGGGCUGCCCACGGCCUCGGAUGUAUUUGCUUUGCAAAUCCUGGAAUGCAAACCCCAGAGGACUGGGUGGAAGACAGCCCUGAGCUUGGUUGGGGCCUCUGGAGGAUGCAUGCAAAUUUUAGCCAUGGAGGGCAGGGGGCUGUGGCAAGAGGGCCUGGAGGAGCCUACAUCUAACAGGACCACGUCAGGGAGCAGGAGUCCACACAAGCUCCCUUCAGAACAUUCUGCCAGGAAGAAUCUAACUGUACCUUUGAGAAGCUGAGAAGAAUCAAAUCUCAGGUGUUCUUGCGCCCUCUUCCUACUCCAGGUCUGUGGCUCAGACCAGUCAAGGGGAGCGCCCUGGGGACCAUGUGGGGGCGGAGAGACAAGUCCACGGCGGUCCCCUAGCCUCUCCCCCAGGAGUGGUCUUGUGGUUUGCAGGCGGGCGCAGCCAGAGCCCUUGAGACCUGUGAACCAGGGGAGGGAGGGUUUCAGGCUCGCACAACUUGGGAAUGCUUAUGCCCUGCUGUGCAAGGGGGAACUGAACAUGACCUUAACUGUUGUUUUACCUGAAAGCCUGUAUUCAGAGCCCAGAUGCCCUUCUGUUAGAGUCAGGUUACAGUUAGAAUCAAUAAAUUCCUGUGUAUAUUUCCCUUCA